GUAAUUUCACGGUUCAUCUCUCUGACCCUGUGUUAUCACCUUCAGCGUCGUCUUCAUGAGCAGCCGUCUCACACGGUAAAAUAUGAUCCACAUUAAUUCCCACGUCCUUCUCCUCCCUUUCGUCCAAUGACGAGCUGAGACAUCAAAUAGCCACAUCGCCCGGGAUCCAAUCAAACGCCGGCCGUCCGCGGAGCCCACUCCUCCCACCGCAUCCUGCAUCGUCAUGGUGCCUCGCUCCGGAUGCAGUUGUCAUGGAGAUGGAAGAGGGCUCCUCAGCGUCCAUCAGAGGCACCGUUACCAUGGAAAUCCCCGCUACUGCUGCUGCUGCUGCUGCUGCUGCUGCUUCGGAGAGGCCAGUGGAUCCGGAGGAGGAGUGCGUUGAGCUCCGCGGAGCAGCAUUCCGGCACAGGGACCACCGCAUGCUGAUCGUGAUAGGAGAGAUUUCCACCGGCCAUCACCUCGAAGCCGCCAGGAGACAGAUCAGACACGGUUUGCGUUCCUGGGUUGUUGAUCCGACCGUGUUGGACCUGAACAAGGAGCUGCAGCUGUUUGAGACCAAACACACGGCUCAGUUUUCUUCGCAGGUCAAAGGUCAGAGAAUUCUCCAGUAUCAGAGUGAUGUCCUGGAGACAGUUGUAUUGGUGAACCCGUCAGAAGAGACCGCUGCUUCAGAGACUCGGUCUCUGAUCACUGACUCGGCCAAAAACAAGCUGCUGAUUCUGAGUGGCCAGAGCUCUGAGCAAGGAGGAGACAUCCAACUACAAGGUGGAGCCUUCGCCUGGGAACACUUCUCCGACAUCGUCUCCGACCCUCAAGUGAUUGAAGUUCUGUCAAGGGCCUCUUCAGAGCAGCCAUCCAGACUUACUGUUUCCUGUCAGGGAGACGGGGGCUGGAGCUCCCUGGGCCAAAGCCAGGAGCAGCAGCCACUCCAAAAUCUUCUGGAAUACCGCCUGAACCCCGAACCCCACCUCCCCGACAUGGAUGGAGUCACAGAGUUCACAGAGUACGUCUCGGAGACGGUGGAUGUGCCGUCACCCUUUGACCUGCUGGAGCCGCCAACCUCCGGAGGCUUCCUGAAGUUGUCCAAACCUUGCUGCUAUAUUUUCCCCGGAGGCCGUGGAGACUCCGCUUUGUUCGCUGUCAACGGAUUCAACAUCCUGGUGGAUGGAGGGUCUGACAGGAAGUCUUGCUUCUGGAAGCUGGUUCGGCACCUGGACAGAAUCGACUCCGUUCUUCUCACUCAUAUCGGAGCGGACAACCUCCCCGGCAUCAAUGGGUUGUUUCAGAGAAAGAUUGCUGAGCAGGAGGAAGAGCGAAACCAAGGAUCUGGAUCCAGCAGCAAUGGUGACUGGAUGAAGAACCUGAUCUCUCCUGAGCUUGGGAUUGUGUUUUUCAACGUCCCUGAGAAGCUUAGGACGCCUGAGUCCACGCUGAAGGUGAAGCGAAGCAUUGAAGAAGCAUCCCUGACAUUGCAAUACCUCAACAAGCUUGGUAUCACACCAGAACCUCUUCACAGGGUGGUCAGCAACACGCUUGAACCCAUCACGCUGUUCCACAAACUCGGCGUGGGGAAGUUAGAUAUGUAUGUUUUAAACCCAGUGAAAGAAAGCAAGGAGAUGCAGUUUCUAAUGCAAAAAUGGGCCGGAAACAGCAAAGCUAAGACAGGCAUUACGAUGUCAAACGGAAAAGAAGGAGAAAUAUCUGUCCCCUAUUUGACAUCGGUCACUGCUCUCAUUGUUUGGAUUCCUCACCGUCCAACUGAAAAGAUCGUCCGGGUGCUUUUCCCAGGAAAUGCACCACAGAACAAAAUCUUUGAGGGCCUGGAGAAACUGAAGCACCUAGACUACUUGCGAUACCCGGUGGCUACCCAAAAAGACAUAUCAUCUGGUGCACCACCUCCCAUCAUCAAACAAACCAAAGUGAGAUCAAGGGCCGACAGCAAAGAGAGUCUCAAAUCCUCACCCAAACCGCAUUCUAAGACAACUAAGAAGGAAGGCAGCGGGCAGGAUGAGGAGUCCAAGAACGACGCCGCUAAAGAGAAUAAGUCAGAAAAGAAAGAAGAGAAGAAAAUCAAAAGUGAAAGUCUUAAAGCCACCAAGCAGCAGAAAAAUAGUGAGGCAGCCCCGGGAGCAGACAAGAAGGAGAAGAAGAAAAUACUGAAGGAAAAAACUGCCAAGCAAGAGAAAGCAUCUAAGAUGGAUGAAAAGAAAGACAAGGAGAAGAAAGAAGUUAAGAAAGAGAAGCGUGAAGUAAAGAAAGAUGAGAAUAUUAAAAAGGAGAAAAAAGAAAGUAAGGCUAAGGAGGAGAAAAAGAAGGACCCAACUAAACCGGAACUGAGAAAGAUCACCAAACCGGACCUGAAGCCGCUCACCCCUGAAGUGAGGAAAACUCUGCACAAGGCCAAGACUCAGUCAAAGCCUAAGGCCGACAAAAACAAAGCCCGUAAAGAGGAAGCAAAUGAGAAAAAGCCUGUUCCAAAGAACGUCCCUGAAGAGGUCGCAGCAGCAGCUCUGGCUGACCGGUCCAUCGUGUCCUCACCGGAAGACCUCACUGAGUACUUUGAGGCCCAGAAACAAGAAGAGAUGUCCAAACAUGACGGCAAGACCGAGGCUGUCCAAAAUGAUGUUAUGUCUGGGCAUGCAGCGUCCACAGAUACCAAAGUUUCUUUAGCUUUCCCUGAUGAGAAAGCCACACCCCCAGCAGCUGAGAUCAAAUCUGCCUCGCCUAAAUCCCCUGACACACAGAAAGAAGACAAGGGCGCAACAGAACAGGUGGCAGCUAUUCUAAAGAAAGAGAUGAGUGACAUAUUUGAUAAGAAGCACGAAGAGGAGAUAAUGGAGAAACAUGACAAAUACUUUGUAAAGGACAGAUCAAAGAAGAGUGAAAGCUCAGAGGAGGAGGGAGAUGUCAUUGAAAAAGCAGACCUUGAAGGAACAGAAGAUGACGAGGUCCUGAAGUAUAAAACAGAGGAGGUGAAAAAGGAAAAAGUUGGAAAGGAGUGGAAUACAAUGCCAACCGAGCCAAAACCUUUACCAAACACAGCCCUGCCUGGACAAACAGCAGCAGCAGCUGCCACCGCCUCUGCCUCUGAGCAAUUCUCCUUCAUCCAAGAUGAAACUAUCCCCGGUUACUCUGAGACCGAACAGACAAUAUCUGAUGAAGAGAUCCAUGAAGAAACCGAGGACAGGAUCCCACAGCUUCGUUACGACGUGGGCUCUUAUGACAUCUCUGUUCCUGACGUCCCAGGAACCUUUGACUCCAUGCACGGUAUCAAAGAGAUGAAGAGCUCCGCAGUGUCUGAUGUUCCAGACAUCAAACCCAAAGCCUUCAUGGGAGCUCACGAGCCUGAGCUUGCACCUUACCCCGCCAUCAUCGCUGCUCCUCUUGCCGAGGAGGAGCAUAUCUCAUCUGCAACAUCCAUCACAGAAUACGACAAACUCUCAUCCUUUGCCACAUCCGUCGCCGAGGACCAGUCAAUGGCAUCGGUGACUGCUCCUCAGACUGAGGAGGUCGGGAGGAGCUCUCUACUGCUGCUGGACACCAUCAACAGCAUCCCCUCACGUGCAGAGGCCGUCCAAGGGAAGGACUACCUCCACUCAGCAGGAACCAUCUCACCCACCUCCUCUCUGGAGGACGACAAGUGCUUUAAGUCUCCUUCCUCCGACGAGUACCAACCCAAUAUCCCUGAGAUAGAGGGUGACACAAACGUCAAAUCAGUCCACGAAGAAGAGGACGAUGAGGAAGACGAGGACGAGGACCAGACCCCAAAUGUUGACAUCCCUCUGGGUAAACUUCAAGAGGGCUAUGAGCACGCCGCCUCCAUGAUGCUUCAGGAGAAGAAGAAAUCUCCCUCUGACACUUUUUCUCCUCCUGCUCCUUCUCCUUUCUCUACCACUCUGCUCUCAUCCACACAGGUUGUGAAAGAAACCCAGGCUCUCUUCAGCACAGAGGGAUUUAAGACUGGUGAAAUAAAGUCUAUUUCACCCCCUCCAUCUUUCUCCCCCGGGUUAGACUCCCACUCCAGACAAGAGAGUGAGGAAAGAUGCUUGAGUCCAGAUGACAGCACCAUGAAACUGGCCUCACCCAUUCAGUCUGUGCCUACGAGCACCGGCUACUCCCCGACAGAAGAUAAACCCUUCAAGACAGAAGAUGAGGUAGUGGUCGGCGGGAAAGCUGACCUCCACAAAACUGAAAAAUCUGUCACUAUCUUGGAUGACACUUCAGUUAUCGGUGUAUCAGGGGACAAGACAGCUUACGAAACAUCUGAAGAAUCCGAUGAAGACAAUGUUGAAGAAGAGGACUUUUACACCAAAAAGGAUCUACAGCCUGCGGUUAAGGCAAAACUGAUGGAGGCAAAGGAGGGAUGCUUCUUGGAUGACGACUUCACGUUUGAGGCGAAAUCUGCAAAGAUAGAAACUGAAGUCAAAAGUGCUGACAAGACACAGGUUUCCUUUAGCGUCCAGGAGAAACCAAAACCUCAAGUGAUGUAUUCUGAUGACGAAGAGGAGGAGGAGGAGGCAGAUGAAAAAGAGCAAGAUUUUACUAGUGGGGUAGUGUCCAAGGAGAAACCAACACCUCAAGUGAUGUACUCUGAUGACGAGGAGGAGGAGGAAGAUGAAAAAGAGCAACACUUUACUAGUGGGGUAGUGUCCAAGGAGAAACCAACACCUAAAGUGAUGUACUCUGAUGACGAGGGGGAGGAGGAAGAUGAAAAAGAGCCAAAUUUUACUAGUGGGGUAGUGUCCAAGGAGAAACCAACACCUAAAGUGAUGUACUCUGAUGACGAGGAGGAGGAGGAAGAUGAAAAAGAGCCAAAUUUUACUAGUGGGGUAGUGUCCAAGGAGAAACCAACACCUAAAGUGAUGUACUCUGAUGACGAGGAGGAGGAGGAAGAUGAAAAAGAGCAAAAUAUUACAAGUGGAGUAGUGUCCAAGGAGAAACCAAAACCUCAGGUGAUGUACUCUGAUGACGAGGAGGAAGAGGAAGAGGAAAGAGAGGACGAUUUCCAGAGUGGAGCAGGGUCCAAGCCAUUUUCAUCUGAUCAAGAGAAAGUGCACUUCAAAGACGACAGCUUAGAGAAAUCAGACAAUGCUGCAAAAGAGGCUGACAAAAGCGUUCAUUUCAGUCUUUACAAUUUUCCAGAGAAGGAAGGCAAAGAGAAGGCGGCAUACAUAAGACAAGACACGCCCUAUGUUCACGGGAAAACAUUUUCCUACGGUGACGUUUACGACAGCAAAACGAGCUCAGUGGACUCCGAUUCCUACAGUCAAGAGUCUGUGGAUAAGCCAGAGAAAGACGUGACGAAGGCUGAGGCGGAAUUACAGAAAAGCGAGCCUUCCCCAGUCAAGGACAAGGUGCCAGAGAAGGAUGGAUUUUCUGUCGCUCAUGAAAAAGAGUCCUCUCCCCCAUCGUGGCUCAACUCCAAGAGCACUUCAGCUCCAUUUGAAAAAGAAAUCAAAGAAAAGGAUACGUUUGAAUACACUGGAGGUAGUCGAUUCCCUUCUGUUGCUGACAGACCUGAGGCCUCGACCACAUCUUUAUCAUCAGAAAUGGAUUUUAAAAAGCAGGUCGACAGCACAAAGCCCCCGGCGUUCUCCUCGAUGGUGGCAUUUGAUGCUGAAAAACCUGGGGCCACGGGCUACAGUGACAAAGGAGCCUGUCUCCAGAUAGAUAUGAGAAAACUAACUGCAAGGGACGAGGAGGAUUACGAUGAUGACGAAGUUGUUGAUGAAGACGAUGAUGAGGAGGAGGAGGAGGAAGAAGACGAAGAAGAGGAGGAGGAUGAAGGCGCAGGUGAUUUGGAUAUGGAGAAAGGUGCCAAAGAGAAGUCUGAGAAGGAAGUUAAAAGUCCAAUCAGCGAAAUGUUUGGCUCAAACAGGCCUGAAUUUAUGGUUUCUAUGGCUGGGUAUGGGUUUAACAGCCAGGGCAAGCCGGCCAUGAAAGAGAGCAGCUCACCCACAAAGGCUGAAGAUGAAGCUAAGACUGACUCUUUAUCCUUCAGUGGAAAGCCAAUGGAUUUAGGUGCAGCAAGUUUCUCAAGUUACUCUUCAGGAUUUGAAUGCUCAUAUGGAAACGUUGAGAAAGAGUCGUUUUUAUCAAAUCAAACUGUGGACAAGGCGAAAGAAGAUUUCACUCUGAAAUCAACAGGAGAUAGUUAUUACCAGAGCGACAGAGCUGAUCCCGAUUUUGAGAAACAGAAGACGCCGGAUCUUCUGAGUAAGAAGUCGCUGGACACGAGCUUUCAGUACACAACCACCGCCGCCCCCGGGUACUCGUCCUCCUCAGCCUACAGCUACUCCUCCUCCACCUCAGGCUCCCUGUCCACCAGCCGUCAGUUCGGAGAGGAGCUGGAGACCCCGGCCUCGGCCGAGCCCCUCUUCGAGUACUCCUCCUUUAAAGAGGAACCCUCACCCGUCAUGGGUUCUCCCUUCUCCAGCUCCGCUGGCGCCAAAGACGACUAUCUGGAAGUGUCUGAGAAACAUGUCACAGCUACAACCACGGCAGAGUCUGCUUCCAGUUUAGCUCGCUUCUCACCCCACAGCCCAUUUGAGGAGGUCAAAUCCCCUCCAUUCCCCUCCCUUGUUCCAUCCACUGCACUAGGUGAUGCCAAGAAGGAGAGUACACCUUCAUUAGUUGGAGUUAAAGAUACAGGCCCUCAGUCUGACUGCUUCUAUAAGCCUGAGUGGUCUGAAAUGUCCAAGCUGGACACAGCUGUUGGGUUUGGAGCCUCAGGCAAACCGUUCGCUCAACUCUCAGACUUCUCAAAGGACAAAGAGGCCGCCAGUGCCGCUCUGUUCGGUAUCACUUCCUCCCCUCGACCGGACAUAGAAGGCAAACAUUACUUUGAGGAGACUGACAGCAGCGAAGAGGAAGAUGAGGACGCCUAUAUGCGCGAGAUGACUCGAAGAUCUCCCUCCACUGUUUUGGCUGGUAGCCUCUCAUUUUCAGACAAACCUGUUGUACCACCUCCCAGUGAAAAGACCGGUGGACUACUUCCAGAUGUUUUAAGCUCCUACAUGCCCUCACCUCUUCAGGCCAGCAAGAAGGACACGACAAAUGGCCCCACUGAGGUCACCACAAGCACCGGCCUUCCUCCUGGAGCAGCGGCUAGUGGUGCAGCUUCAGGCCUGGCUAAGGUGGAAUCCAGGGAGGGCGCAACCGGUUACAUCAAGAGUUCUUACGAGUGGGAGACGCCAAAGCCCCAGAUGGGCAUGGUGCCUGGAGACUCCCCUCCCCAUUACCGCCAUGAUGAGGAAUUUGAAGAGGAGUGCGAGAUGGAGCCAGAGCAUCCAGCCCGUCCACUUUCACUUUCCUCAACCGAUCAGCCGUUCCGAUCACCGUUUUACUCGGAGGAGUGCAGCCGGGGAGGGGUGGACGACGACGACGAAGACGACAGCGAUCAGGACGUACCCAUGGGAGCCACCUCCUCUUACACUAGCCGAACCUCUCCUGGAUAUUCGUCCUCCGAGUACAGGCAGCGCAAAGAGGACCUUUCACCCUCCUUCAUUAACCCCUCCAUGCGCCAUCUAUCCAGUGACGAGGACGACGACGAGCAAGGCCGCCGGAGCGAUCAGUCGCAGGAAGGCGAUGACCACGACCUGUCAGUUAAGAGAAGGGCUCACAAACAGCCCCAUCAUCACCAGUCCCACAGCAGGGACAGCAGCUCCUUGCACCAUGCUGGGGGGAUGUCAGCGGGGUUGGGUCUGGCCACAGAGGACACGCCGCCAACCUCCGUCAGCGAGUCUCUAGCCUCUCAGUCAGAUUCAGACAUGCCUCCUGGCACUGAGGAAUACCCCUCGGCCACCAAUAUGGACUCGGAUGAGGACGCAGAGUAUAUGCCGGUCGAUAAAUCUGUCCCAGGAGGAGGCAGCCAUCUCUAUACAUCCAGGAGUAGCCAUGACCCUCCUCCUGCUCCCCUCAUGGACCCAUCCCCUCACCCCCCACGGCCAGACGUUUGCAUGGUGGACCCAGACUCUUUGGACAACGGCUCUCUUAAAAAAGAGCCAAAAACCAAGGGCUUAAAGAAGACUUCGGGAAAAAACAAAUCGGCAUCCCCAGCUAGGCGCAAGAAGUCCCCGAUGGCGGUGAAACAGACGCCUUCUCCACGCAGUGCGUCGCUUAAGAAGAAGGACGCGGACAAGAGCUCGCGCAUGUCUCGUCUGUCAGACGGACAAGGCUCCAAAGAGGAUGACCUCUCCAGGUCGAGCUACAACCCUGGAAAAGGACUGACUAAUGGGGUCAAGAGCAGCUCAGGUUCUCAGAAGUCCGGCUCCGCGGCUGCUCCCGGCCUUCCCAUUUACGUGGACUUGGCCUACAUUCCCAACCACUGCAGUGCCAAGAACGUGGACCAAGAGUUUUUCAAGCGGAUCCGCUCUGCCUACUACGUAGUGAGUGGGAACGACGCAGCGAGCGCCGAACCGAGCCGAGGCGUCCUCGAUGCGCUGUUGGACGGCAAAGCUCAGUGGGGGUCAAACCUGCAGGUGACGCUGAUCCCCACCCACGACACCGAGGUGACCCGGGACUGGUACCAGCAGACGCAUGAGAGGCAGCAGGAGCUGAACAUCAUGGUUCUGGCCUCCAGCAGCACCGUCGUCAUGCAGGACGAGUCUUUCCCCGCCUGCAAGAUCGAGUUUUAAGAUCCCGGUUCCCGUCUCCUCUCUUUCUCUUUCUCUCUCUGUCCCUCCCUCCUACUGGCCUCCCCACAGUGUAGAUCUGUUUUUAAUUACUCCUGUCUAUAGCCUGAUAUGCAAAUGUGUCUCUGCUGUGAAGUCACGCCGGCAGCACAGACUCAUCUGGAUACCCGUCUAUUCUUUUUCUAGAUUUUUAUUGAUUUCUAAGCUUCUCGUGGCUAUCACCAUUUGUAUUACGAAGGUAGUUUUUAACUCUUUGUCCUCCACUUUGAACAUUUCUUCCUUUUCUUUUACCCUAAAACAAACAAACAAAAAAAAAACGUGCAGCAAUAAAUAGAUUUGCUGGGACAAACGUGGCCGCCCCCUCGUAAAAAGAAAAAAGUAAUAAAUAAAAACACAAUCAACGUGGAAGCUGAAGCUCGUCGAUUAAAUUGGAAUAAACCGAAGCACAAGUUUGCGCACCUUAAAGCCAGCAACGAAGUCCGUCUCUGUUUUAAAACUGUGUCGUGCCUCUCACUGACAAAACAAAAAAAAAAUAGGAUCUCUUAACGUGUCUUUUGAGUAUAUUAGCCGUAGAGUAGGGAAGAUAAUAAUCCAUAAAUAAAAUAAAGUGUAGUGAUUAUUUCUACAAUUCUGUAAAAGUACAAAAAAAAAAAAAUAGUAAUUGUUUCUCAGUGACUGUUCAUUUCUGAUCGUCUAGUUUGUGUACUUGCAGUUAACACGUCGUCACAGAGGUCGAGUAGAGAGCAGUAGUCGGAGGCGGUUAAAUAUAAAAAUAAAAAAGUUUAUAUCUUUACGUAGAGUUAAAAACCUCGCGUCGGUUGAAGAAUGUAUUCCACUGCAAUGACAACAACAACAACAACAACAACAACUACAGGAACGCACGUCCGUGGUUGCGGGGAAAAGAUUGUGCGUUCGCCUGGAGAUGUGGGCGGGUUCGACUGAUGCUCACCCCACAUGUGCCUUUCUGUCCUGCUUCGCUGGAAAGGGAGAAAAAAUAAAAGCUAAAGGAAUGAGACGUGUUGCAGAAAUGUGCAGAAAAGGGCAGAGGCUCAGUUGUUGAGCUGGUCUCCUCUGAUGUUUGUGUUUUUAGUGUGCAACAAAAAAAAAUUAUAUAUAUAUAUAAUAAUAAUAAAAGGUGAGAGAUGAACCUAGCGAGCACUUUUUAAAGCACCAAACUCAGUAUUUCAGCUGCCACUAAAAAAACAAAAAACAAAAAAAAAAGCACAAAGGGUGCAAAACUUCAAAUUCAAGCAACAUCAAAUGAAAAAACCUGCUAGUUUUAGAUUCUUUCUUCUUUUUUUUUAUAGCCACAGUCAAUUGAUUUUCCUUUGUAUUGUAUUAUUUCUUUCUGCUUCAGUGUGGAUGUUUUUAACAGAAUAUUGUGUGUAGAUGUGUUGAUUUUAACCGAGAACAAAAAAAAAAAACAACAAUUUUAACCGUAUAUAUAAGGACCAACAAGAGCCUCAGCCUCAGCGGGGGGAGGGAAAAGGGGGAGGGAGAGGAGGGGGGGCUGCAAAUUUCAGGAGAAUCCAGACGUUUUCAUCUCAUUUCCACGUAGUGACGCAUGAACGAACAGGUGCAUGUAGAAACGGUAAAGGAGACGGAUCUUUGAAGAGACGAGCGAAUAAAGAUGCAUAAACGGAGCUGAUCUGAUCUGAAUGUGAAGAUGCAGAUUUACCUUUACGUUCUCCCCGGAGGACUUUGAUCUCCCUGGUUGCCUUGUGCAUCACACGGUACGACCCCCCCUACCCCCCACCACCACAACCAUCCACCGAGAACCACCUUACUGUUACAGAACCUGAACCGCAUCAACGACGCUUCAAAGAAAAACCCGACGUGCAGAUCAAACCGUGCGCCGGUUUCUUUCUUUCAGAAAGACAGAAAACACACAAACAGACGUCAGAACAAACAUUACAACAUCGAUAAGUGGAGAUUUAACCUCCGCACGCGCCUUCUUCAACUAAAUAAUCAGGGUGUUUUCCUGCUAAACAAGUAUAAUCUGCAUUUAUAUAAAAACACAAAUACUCACGUCCAGACUGCUGCACAUUUUUAUCCAGUAUUCACUUUUUUCCAGACUAAAGCUUAACACACACACAUAUAUAUAUCUCUUGACUGCUGCAUUUUCAUAUCGUGCAAAAACAACAUAAAAAAAUAAGUAUAAAUAGUUCGAGACUGCCGUGAAAACAAAUCAUCACACCGACCGUUGGUUUCCAGUGAGCCCUGCUUGUACGUGCAUGUGUAACCGUUUGAGUUUUUCCUGUAUUGUACUAGCUGAAGACUAAACAUAGAAAUGCUAUUUUAAAAGAUGUAUAUUUAAGAAGCUAUGAGCUGUCCGGUACUGAGGAGGCACACAUGUAACCCGGCUGUGCUGCUGUGCUGUAAAGAGAGCCUUGUGAUUUUUAUUUUGAUUUUAUUUUUUAUUUUAUCUCCUCCCCACUCCGUUCUGCUUCAUGGUUUCAUCUCUUGUUUUAAGUGCAAUAUUCUCUUUAUCUCUCUCUCUCUCUCUAUUGAAAGGCUUAAAAAAAAAAGGUAAAAUAGAAAACAGAUUUAUUGUGAAAAAGGGGAAAAAGUGUGGUGAAGACCAAUAAAUACAUCAUUUACUGGAGAAAAAAAA